GUUACCAUAGUCUAUAUGUCAAAAGUGAUUAAAUCGCGAAGGACAAGAAGCGAUAAAAAAUGGGUCACCAAUUGAGUACAAUAUUUACUGGUUUGGGGAGGUUCUUUGAGUAUCCAGUGAAGCGAAAACCAAUAUGUUUUUAUAGACAAGAAGACUUCACGGCUACAGGUGAGCCCCAAAAGAACGUGUCCGAGACUAUCAAAACUACUAUGACAGAUUACGAUAAGCUUGUGGAUCUUUUCUACAAGCGAUUAACUGAACAGCGGCAAUACAAUCAGGAAAUGAAAGAACACGACCGUCGCUGGAGCAUGCAGAAAGUGGUGCAGCGGUUCCCCGGCUGGAAUGAAGUCACCAUUGCCAACCUGCACAGCUUGUUCCUACUCUUUGACAACCAGUCAAAUGGGAUGCUUGGAUUUGAUGACUUCUGUGCGGUGCUGGAGAGCCUCGGCGAUGAGACAUCGAUGGAGACCCGCAAAGAGAAAUAUAGUAGUGCUGAUUCAGACAAUGACGGCUGGAUCACUUAUGAUGAAUUUUUAUCUCUGGUGUACAACUUCAACCCACCGGAGGAUGGGCAGCCGUCGGGACUGGCGCUGCUCUGCAACGAAGUGGCCGACAACAUACAGUUCGUCAGCAACCUUACUGUCGGCGAACAACUCGAGUACGGAUUAUUUUGAAUUUAAUAAAUAAUAAUUUAAUCACUUCUA